AUGGAUGUGGCAAACCAGCGGAGCAAGUCCAAAGAGAUAUCGAGUUUCUCAUCGCUUGUCAACACACCUUCGCUGGUUAACACACCUCACGAGUCUUCACAUCGGACUGCAGAAGCUCAUCGAUUCAUCGAAACCGAACUCCAGCACAAUGAGCGCAUGCCCAAGGAUCGACAAAAUGUGCUCAAGUCGGCUUUGGAUUUUGUUUCCCAGAUUUCUAACUCUUCACUUGGUUCACAGCCCAUGCCGGAUAUACCAGACACAGGAAUGGAUCUACCGUCUAUUUCCACUGCCCCUGAAUUGCUCUACAUGAUGCUUCCAAGUACCCUUGAUGCACCUGAAACCGAUGCUAAAACGUUCCAUUGGCCCGAUCACAUCACAGGAUCAACUCUUGAGAGAAUGCUUCUUUAUUUGAUCGAGAACGAAGGAAACGAUCAAAUAACCCUUCACUACCGCAUAUGCGUAUACACGAAAGCAUUCUUCUUUCUCAUAAAGUCUCCUCAACACCAUUAUAGCAAAGCAGUUUGUGAAAGACUGAAACAGUCUGAACGUGAAUACAAGCUUGUGGCACUAGCUUCCCUGGGUCGUUUGCCCUUUCUGUCAUCUCCAAGUCUAUCACUUAUUCAAGCGCUUCUGUCUGGCGCGAUGUUGAUGCAAUACUUGGGGAACAUGUCGUAUAGUUGGAAUCUCACCGCAUUUGCAUCCCGUAUGCUGGUUGCCCUUAAUCUGCAUGCAGUGGAGAGAACCGAUGAGCUUGACGAUGACACCCAGGCCAGUCUCUAUUGGUGUUAUUACCUUGACAAGGUCUUGAGCUGUCUUCUGGUCCGGCAACCAUCUCUUCCAAAAUUGCGCAUUGAUCCCGUUUCUAUGAUCCCUGUCCACUCUGCCAAUCCCCUCCAAACAACAGUAAAAAUAAUGGUGGAAAUGGCGAAAAUACAGGAAGUGGUGCUUGAAAUGCAGCUCAAUCAAGAUGCUGUCGCAGACAAAUCUCAGAUCGAUGCAAUUAUAUUCUCUGCUGAUUCUCUCUUGACUCUCAUCAAAGAGGUAAGUUUGCCUUCCCCCUUCCAAACUCGUGAGGCCAACUUACCUUUGAAGACUCGGGCUUCAGUGCCGUCAAGAUUCCAACUUGACUUCGAUGCGGCUGAAUUCGCACAAGCGGCAGUUUCAGCUAAUAUCUUCAAAUGCUCACGGUGGAGUAGUGUCUAUCACGACAGGUGCCUUGAGAAAGCUCGGAAAGCACUUACUGUUCUGGCUGCCAUGCUGGACCGCGAAGAUACACAACCGGAUACAGAAGAUCAAUAUCCAUCCUUUUUAACUUGGACCGUCUUGCUUUAUCCACUCACUCCAUACUUUGUGCUAUUUUGCAACGUAGUUGCAUCCUCACACAGACCCGACUUCGACCUGAUGCGUCACGUUACAAGAAGCAUGUCUCGGUUUAUUCAUGCGAACGAGUGGAUUCACAGAGUGUACAGUCUCUUUAGCGAUUUCCUCGUCUUGUGUGAUCCGUUAAUGGGGCAGACUGUUCCGCAAGAUACGGCAGGACCUGAAACGGAAGUCUUACUAGACGAUGGUACAAACAGAGAAAAUGCAAACAGUACAGAAGAGAGUCUGAUAUGGGAAUUGUUUACCUCUCGGCCAUCAUUGGAUUGGUUUGAUGUAUCCCUUAUGCGUGACAGUUUCUAA